AUGGUUGCUCUCUCCGCUCUGCCAACUAUUGCUGUGAUAACUGCAAUCGUAACCACAGUUUCUGUCUCUUUGAUAACUCUGGGGACCGUCGUAUUUAUAUACCGCCGCAAACGUACCCAAUCUCUCAUUCCUGAGACAUCGAUGGUUAAAACUGAGCUUAGUGCUCUAGGACUUGAAGAAGGCGUGAUAUCCCCCAUGAGUGAACCAGAAAGUAUGGUUCACGCCACGUUCCCAGAUGAAAAGAAGGAAACUCAGGUGGCGGAACAAGAAGUAUCCCAAGUUUCGAGCGACGAUGAAGGAGAGGAAACCAAAGAGGAAAAUAGUGAUAACGAAUUUGAGUUUAAGCGGACAUCUUCCCAGGACUCUGCAUGCUUUACCGACCCUAUAUGUCGAUCGUGCUUCAACGACACUUACAACAGCACUGAGUCAGAUGAUAUGGAUGAAGAAGACAUUGUGACCACGGCCUGUGUUCAUGGGCUCAAGAGGGAUUGGACAAGAAUAGAGGUUGUUCUACCAGAGGUCUAUACCAGCAGCCAAGAAUCAAUCUUAGAUGCAGUGGUCUCCGCUUCUACAGCUUAA